UCGUUAAGUGAAGUGAUUUCGCCGAUGUUGGCGCUUCAUUUAAAGUGAUUUUAUUAGGAGAAGAAUUAAUGCUUAUCAUCACAACUUGAUUAUUUCACUUUUACGUCCAUGAUCGGUUUACACUUCCGCCACUAAUAUGAGGUUGACGUGUGAUGUGGAUGUUGUAAAUCGACUGCUCCCCUCUCAUAAUCUGAAGAAAUCCGGCCGCAGUUGUCAUUCUCAGCUGUCCAUUGGGAAGAAAACAGGCAUCCAGAAUAAGGAUGGAACUGUGUAUUUGAUGAUAUGCACUGUUAAAGACAGAAAUGGUACAAAAUUUGCGUUGCGAGAUAAUGUGGAGCAGAUUUUUGGCCGAUUUAUUUGUGAAGGAAAAGCUACAAUAAGAAUAAAAGAUCCUCCGAAGGAUCUCUGUCUUUCAAAGGGGGACCCUCUCCAGCUGAAAAGUUUCCUAAACCUGGUGAAAGUUGGAGCCCAGGGAAAAGAUUUGGGUAAAGUCACAUUAUCUAGUCUGUCCAUUCCCUCUGCAAAAAAGGUUGAGAAGCCCAAAACCAAACUUGUGAUUCUGAACAGAAGGGACUAUCCCAUGACAACAAACUUUCCAUCUUCACUGGAGCAACUGCAGGUGUCAAAGUGCAGUGUAAAAAGAGUGGACUCGAGGAUUCUUCAACUGAAACAUCUCCAGGUAUUGAAUUUGUCAGAGAACUGUUUGAAGGAGCUACCUGAUUUGAUGGAAAAUUUAAAAAAUUUGCGGGAGCUUAACCUUAGUGUGAACCAGUUGUCACACUUCCCUAUGGUUUUGUGCAAGCCUAAAUUGGCAGAGGCUUUAUCUGUGCUAGAUAUCAGUCACAAUGAACUGACGGUUCUUCCUCCUCAUCUCUGUCUUCUUCGCCACUUGGUUCAUCUGAAACUGGACCACAAUAAGCUCAUCACUCUGCCAGUGACAAUAGGGCGGCUCAGUCAGCUCAAGUUUUUAACGGCGUCACACAAUGAACUCCAGUGCUUACCUGCCAGUUUUCUUCGCCUUCAGCUGGAGAGCCUGGAUAUGUUUUGUAAUCCGUUCAGUGCCGAGGAACAAACACCUUCACAGGAUAACGUGGAGUUUCCUACCCUGAUGGAAAUCACUGCCAGAGCUAUCAAAGCUAAAAGGUUGCUAUAUGAUGAGGAGAGCCUUCACGGCCACUUGUGUCAGUAUUUAGACUCGGCCCGCACGUGCUGGUGUGGAGGCUACUGUUUUCAGUGUGCUACCCGCUAUGUUCAGAAGAUGGACAUGUGUCGAAUCUCCCCUAAUGUCACAUCAGUGGAUUUAUUUGGCAGAAAGGAGGCACCUGUGGAGUCCUACCUUUGCUCACAGAAGUGCUUACAGAGAUUCCGUUCAAACCCCUAUGCCUACUGGAGAAAAUGAAGUUUCUUGUUCCUCCUAGACUGAGGCUGUACAUAGCUUUCUGGACUGAAUUUCAAGGACAGCGAUUGAUAGUACUUUUGAUUAUAAAAAGGCCUUAUGUGAUUGACUGUAUGAUGAUAAUGUUAUGGAGAUAUCUUAAUUAUACUAUGUAAAACUUUAUUUGUGUACAAAAGUGCAAAAAAAAAAAAUAACGAUUAAAAUGACUUAAAAUGAAACUAUAUGAUGAUGUACAUGUCAAAUUUUACUACUUCAUUGUGCACGCUUUUCAAGGUCAGACAAAUCUUUGAAUUUUAGUUGAUAGGUAGAGUUAUCUCCCUUGUAAUGAAUAAGGCUACCGACCACUUGUCUUCUUUAGUUUUUAACCGACUGGACACAAAUUGUGUGAUUUAUCCACAUAUAUCAUUGCAUAUUAUACUGGG